AUGCGUUGGGAGGUUUUUCUACUUAUCAUUGCUUUCCAUCAAUUGUCAUUAGCAAUACGCAUUGCUGUAAUAAAUAAUGCAAUAUUUGAUCCGAUCGAUGCUAAUUACUGGUUAGCUAAUAUCUCUAACGUUAUAUCACGUGAUUCAUGUAUUUGUCAAUGCUAUGCGAAAUCUAACUGUGUCACAGCUAAUUAUUAUGGUUUUUAUCAAGAAUGUAUACUGUUUUCAGCAGCACUACGUUUAGGACAUCUACAUGCGAUGACCAUUGGUGAAAAUACAACUGUUAUAAGCUUCGAAAGCAGAAGUUCUGUCGCUGUUAUCACAGCAUAUGAUACAACUUCUAUCUCUCAAACUGUUGCAAACAAUUCGUGCAAUACAUCUACUAGUUAUGCUAUUAAAUACACAACUUCACCAACUACUUAUCAGAAGCAAACGUAUACAUACACAGCCGCAUCCACUAGUAUGAACACAUUAGAAUUCGGUUUCAAAGCUGUAAAUCCAGCAAAGGCUUGGCAUCUUGAUGAUGUCAGUAUUAUAGAUAAAAAUGCAUCCAACUCUGAAAUGCUUGUAAAUGGUGGUUUUGAGAAUGGUACUUUAAUUGGUUGGCAAGUGCUCUGUUCCAGUCUCAAUUGUGGAACAACAAGUGCUGUUACCACGACACAUGAUACAACUUCUGUCUCCCAAACUGUUACUAACAAUUCCUGCAAUGCAUCUACUAAUUAUUUUAUUACAUAUACAACUUCACCAACGACUUAUCAGAAACAAACAUAUACAUACACAGCCGCAUCCACUGGCAUGAACACAUUAGAAUUUGGUUUUAAAGCUGUAAAUCCAGUGAAGACUUGGCAUCUUGAUGAUGUCAGUCUUAUAGAUAUAAAUGCAUCCAACUCUGAAAUGCUGGUCAAUAGUGGUUUUUAG